AUUGAACCCCAGCCAUUCACCCUCACUAUCAUCGUCUCCGUCCACCAUAACCUCGUCAAUACUCUCAUUGUCCAAGUCUUUGACGCCGAAAUCCAAUGCCAAAGCGCCACCAGUUUUCUCCACUGGCUGCGCGAGCAGAUAUUCGAUCCGUUCUGCCUCCAUGCCUCCUCGGUUAUCCUUCAUCCACCGCCCAUGCUUGCUCAAUAGAGCCUCGAUCCAUACCAAAUUGAAUUCGAGAUGCGGCGAUUCGUCUGCCUGAAGAGCCACAAAUCGAAGUAAUCUUCCCAGAUACACCGAAGGGAGUUCUUUUACAAUCAGUGGAAUAUCGGAAACGGGUGUGGCCUCGUAGACGCGACGGAUCAGUGUCCGUUCGUUCAACCGGAAUGCCAUCACAAGCGCUUUCAAGUAUUCUUGUUCGGCUAGGGUAUGAAGUGUGGUGGAGGGGGUCACAGUAAU